AACAGGUGCCUAUACCGCAGGCCUUUCAGUACAAACACAUUCCACCCGCUCGUGACUCCCAACAUGUUCACCCAAUCAUGUGGUUUCACCCAUGGCAUUAUGGCUGAGGGUGUUGGGGGUAAUACAUGAACAGCUUCAGGAAGGCCUUCAUUUGAAAGUACUGCAGAGAAUAAUCUGGUUUUAAACCAUUUACUGGACCAGGAGAGUCAGCAAGGAUGCCAUGACUGCCUUCAUGGGACAACUGAAGAUAGAAUUUAACCAAAGUGUGAGGAUGAGCAUGCUUUUCAUGGUUUGCAGCUUUCUGUAUCUCACCAUCGUUGGAGCUUCAGAGACGGAGCGAAGGCUCCAUAAAAAGUUAUUUAAGGACUACAACAUGAAAGUCAGACCAGCUCGUCACUGGGAGGAGAAGGUGAUGGUGCGGGUUGGGAUGACCCUCUCCCAGCUCGUCAGCUUGAAUGAGAAGAAUGGCGAGAUGACCACCAAUGUUUUCAUGAAUCUGAACUGGACAGAUUACCGGUUGUCAUGGAAUCCUGCAGAAUAUGACAACAUAACAGUUUUGAGAAUUCCUCCCAACAAGGUUUGGCGCCCUGAUAUCUACCUCAUAAACAAUAAUGACGGGCAGUUUGACGUGGCUCUGUACGUUAAUGUCUUGGUUUACAGCAAUGGGAUGGUAACCUGGUUACCACCAGCCAUUUACCGCAGCUCAUGUUCCAUAGAGGUGGCGUACUUUCCAUUUGACUGGCAAAACUGCAGCAUGGUUUUCCGCUCAUACACUUACGAUGCCUCUGAGGUAGACCUGCAGUACUAUCUGGAGGAGAACGGGAAUGAGAUUGAUGAGAUUGUCAUAGACAGCAAUGCUUUCACUGAGAAUGGAGAAUGGGCAAUCCGUCACAAGCCCACAAGAAAGAACGUUAAGGAUGACUUGUAUGAGGACAUCACCUUCUAUCUCAUCAUUGAGAGGAAGCCUCUUUUCUACAUCAUAAACAUCAUCGUACCCUGCAUCCUUACCAGUGUCUUAGCCAUAUUUGUCUUCUACCUCCCUCCAGGAGCAGGAGAGAAGAUGACACUUUCUAUUUCUGUCCUCAUCGCUCUCACAGUCUUCAUGCUGCUGCUGGCCGACAAAGUCCCAGAGACGUCACUUGCUAUUCCAAUUAUUGUCAACUACGUCAUGUUCACCAUGAUACUGGUCACCUUCUCUGUCAUCCUGAGUGUGGUUGUACUCAACCUGCACCACCGAACACCCAGCACCCACAUCAUGCCAAACUGGGUUCGAAAGAUUUUUAUUCACAUCCUGCCCAAGUACAUUGGUAUGAUGAGACCAAAACCAGAAGAACCUAUGCUGGAGGAAGAAUCUGAAAAGGAGAACACGUCCACCCAGAACUUCAGUGGACGACAACCUAAAGGAGAGUACUUCUUCCGCAAGAUCAACCCCGAUCUCGUCUUGCCCUGGAGAGGACGAUGUGAGAGCACGGUUCAGCUCCAGUGGCUCCCAGACUCUGAGCGCUUCUGUCUGGUUCUCCCUCCCAACCUGAAGUCGGCCAUCUCUGCUGUGACGUACGUCGCUGAGCAGCUGAAAAAGCAGGACACGGACGACUCGAUGACUGAAGACUGGCAGUACAUCGCCCUGGUGGUGGACCGUCUCUUCCUGUGGUUGUUUGUCAUCAUCACCACCCUGGGAACGCUGGCAGUGUUCCUGGACGCCAGCUUUAAUUACACACCUGACAACCCUUUCCCGUAGAGCAUCCUCUGAACACUCUAUUGUUGUUUCUGUUUAAAUAAAGUCAUGUUGUCAUCUGAGCGCAAAAGACUUGA